CCCCCCCUCCUGCAGAUUAGCACGCCGCCUCGUCAGCCUGGCACUACCCACCUUUUAGAUAGCUUCCACCUCGUCCUUGGAGCUGCAGAUCAUGUUGCGAGAUCAGAGCGUUAAAGAGCGUCUGUGAGUUUCAUCGCCACUUGUGAGUUGAGCAAGUUCAUCCGUGUUUUUGAAAACGACCAAGCAAAGCAGAAUUUGCAAGGCAGGGUUGGCUGUUUGCGUCGCGAUUGCGACUGUUUCAUGCAGUGUGUCCUUGGUGUUGUUGUCUCUUGAUAAGUGAGAGAGAGGGAGUGAUCUUGUCUUGGAGAGGUGUGUGAGGGUUGUUGCGUACUCAUCCUGCUCCUGGUUGCGUGAGAGGGUGUCGAGGGGCGAAGUGUGGGAUUUAAACCGAGCGGAGCGGUAGUGGUUUGUUGGUGUGACGAUUUCGAAAUCGCUGGAGAAUUUUCUUUUUGGUGGGGUUGGUGAAGUGGAGCGAGUGAUAGGUGUUGCGGUUGCGCGGCAAGGAAAUUUCUGCGGUGGGUGCUAGGACUGUGAGUGCGCAGAGCGAUUUCUGAUGACGUGACCUGUUUCGAAGAGUAAUGCGGUUUGUGUCGCCGGCGGGCGUUGGAGGAACUUCUGGGUUAUAUAAUCCCGUUUCGCAGUUUAAUAGUCUCGGGAACUUCCAGUUGGUGCAACAUUCGAGUACAAUAUCGUAUUCGAACUUUGGCCUGCAGGAGGGUUGCAUUAAUUUUUGGGGAUGGUACGCACUUUCUGGGGCUUGAUUUCUUGAAAGCUGGCAGGCGGGAAAGACUACAGAACUCUUCAAUUGAGUUACUGCAGAAUUCGAGGGUUGCGAAAUGUUGGUGUAAAGGAGAACAGGGUUAGGGGAGCUGUAUCCUCACUCGCGAUAUUCUUGAUUUUCUGAGGAUCGAGGUUGGAUUUGGAGGAGAGUCAUCAAAGGGAAGCGGUGAAUGUUAAGGAGGUAGAGACUGGUAGAGCAACGACUAAGAAGAGCAGGACCUGCCCUUCACUAGGUUCGUUCUGUCAGACGCGGAUGCCCCACGCAGGUGACGCUUUUGCAGAGUGUAGCGGAUGCUCUAACACCCGCCGUAAGGACGGCUAUGGAAGAAAGAGUCCCCGGUGUUUGAUGAAGUCCAGAGUUCGUACCUUCGCUACUUUUAGUCAGUCGUUUUCUAACGGCGGCCGUGUCAACUAUCAAGCUAUUUGUCAGCACGUUCACCCUAGACAGCGGAAACAAAAGAUCUCUCUUGGUAUCUUACAACGUCAGUUGCAGCUGUUUAUUUUCGAUUAGUGGCCUGCCUUAUUCUCUCUAACACCUUUUAGAAAAAUCUCUUGUCACGCACUUUCCUUUUAAUGUCGAGGAUGUCCAUCAGGUAUCAAUGCUGGGAGGUGAGUGGACCUAAUAUGGGUUACAAGCUCGCGCAUGGUCAAACUAAUGGCCUCGUUGCGCCCCAGUGCGUAAAUGAUGGGUCGACAUUGCGGCGUCCACCAAACUCUUCUCACGAGAGUGCUUACCCUCAUUUUGCGAUGUAUCUGCAAUCUCAGAACGAUCCUAAGGGCCAGUCCCUUGCCGCACAUCCGAGGGAUGUAUCAGCCAUAGCUACUGUUCGGUUUGCUUCACCUCCGAUCAGCCAAUUCCCAUCCUCCGCUUCAUUCCCGAAGGCUUGCAAUCUUUCCUCAGAGGCCGGAGCUUAUACCUCAUGCGAGGUUCCGGCAAUGUCUGAGGCACAUGUGGCCACCAGCUCCGUUAGCACCGAAUCUGAGGAGAAGGCUAGCCUAUCUGAUGGUGCUGUGACUUCCACUGAUGGUGCUGUGACUUCUGCUGAUGGUACUGUGACUUCUGCUGAUGGAGCUGUGACUCCCACUGAUGGUCCAUGUGAAGCGCAGAGCAGGAGGUUUGAUGGGAUUUCUGGGAGUCCUGUUGACGGUAUGCCUAAAUCUGUUGGGGCACACAUCGGUUGUCGAGACCUGAGAUCGAAGGCCCCGAGUACCAAACCUGGGGUUAUAGAACGCGUGGUUCCACUGGGUAAUGGAUAUCUGAAUGGAUCAUAUGCGUAUUGCCCGCCUAUUGCCGAUGAUCAGCCAAUAAACUCUUCAGAGUCCUCUUCUUCGAUCUGUCAAGCAAGUGAAGAUAGCAGCGCAUGCACAUCAGAGGAUAUUGGAGGUGAAGAGGCGCAGUCUGCAUAUCGUGGCCCAUUGCAAUCAUCUCUGGCAGCUUUAGACGAGUCUCUUCCUAUCAAGAGACCUGGCUUGUCGAAGUUCUUCGGUGGCAAGUCGCGUUCUUUUUCUUCGCUAGCCGACGUAUCCUCUGCUAAGGACUUGGCGAAACCCAAUAAUCCUUACGCAUACAUCAAGCGACGGAAGAUGGGCUUCAACUGUCCAGUGGAUCGUCACAGGUCGUAUCCACCUCCGACCCGCUCUUCAGUUUCCAGUAUUGGGAAGAAACUACCCAGCAAUAGCAGCAGGAACUCGCUAGCUGUGGCGGUGAUUCUUGAGCAGGAAGAGCAGAAUGAACAGCAGGAGCAGCAUUACGAGCAGUUGAUGGCAGCACCCCCAAGUUCCUCGUGGAUAUCCAGGGCUACUCCAUCUCGGUCAUUCUCCCUUACUGAUCUGCAUGCUAGCGGUAGAUCUCCGCCACUACGACGACAAGUCUUUGUGAGACCUUGAAUCAAGCUCAAAGAAGUGAUUUUUUGUUCGUUUUGCUAUGUCCAAGGUUCUCCACAUGGAAAUAUGUGCCACGAUUGAACAUCCUUAAGGGGUCAUCGUUCCAUGGGCUGGCUCGGAAGAUUACAUUGUUUGCCAUUGGGAAUUGGAACAGGACAUUCAACAUACUUGUACAUCUCCAAGACAUUGUCACGCUGCACAUGAAGCAGACGGCAUCGUGUUCUGUUUAGGGUAGAGGAUCCUGCUGCGAUCGGUUGGUUGCUGUGGAACUAUUUGAAGUAGUUCUGCAAAUGAUUCCGACAUGAGUUGGAGAAAUGCAUCACAUAUUGGGAUGAUCUAACGAGCUGCCUCAUCCUGGCUCCCAGAGUUGAAAACUUGAGAUCUCUUGUGGUGAUAACAUAGUUAUCUGGGCGCGACUUUUCAAACGCCACGAUACAUAAAGAGUGGCUUGUCCCUCCUACCUGUGGAGAUGAGUUCAUAAUGAACUGAGGAUUUAGUAACUGCCAAAAAGUAUGACUGACAGAUGAUAGUUUGGUGUUGGGAAAGGGGACUUUGAUUUGGGAUCUUUUCGAUCUAGCACACAGCUGUGUGCCCGAAUGCUUUACGAGUUAGAUAGGCUUCUGCCUAUCCGGAUUUAAUCGGCACCUUCAAGCAGUGGUGGUAUGGAGACUGGGUAUUCGGCAGAACUGAAGCUGAGCAGGGAUCAGAUGAAGUAUCAGACCUUUCGGAAGAUAUCUAUUCGGCGACUGCACGAGGCAGGCACGGCUUGGAGGGAGCCCAUAAGGGCCUGAUUUACCCAUGGACUAAACUUUGCUGUGGGAGCCCAAUCUACAUGGAUUGUUUUUACACAUUGAGUUUUUAUUUUAUACACAAUGGGACCCUGCAUGGUGGAACCCGCGAUAUUCGAUCAAGUGUAAGAGGAGGUGGAUGCAACCGAUGUUGAUGAAAGACCACCGAUUGUUUUCCAUCGUCUCCAUCUCGUCAUACUUUGUAAUAUACAUUGACAUUUUUGUGUGGAUCAUCGUUGUAAUAAAAUACAAAGCAGGAUUUUCUUCAA